AUGUCAGCUCUCAUCGCGAUCAGAGACGCCGCCCUGAACGGCAACGGUGGAGAAUACUCCCCGGCGAAGGAGAAAGCUUCGAAUAGAGGCGUAUACAACGGCGGAUUGCCGCUCCUCCACCUCCGCUUGCGGCUGUUGUUUGGCAGCGCAAAGUACAAGCUACUUCUCUUAUUAUGUCUCUUAAGCGUCCUCUAUUUGCUCAGCUCCUUCAUGGGCUGGAAGCCGCAGUAUUCUUCUUCCAUUUCUUCUACUUCGAGGGGUGGAUACACAGUGCUUAUCAACACAUGGAAGAGGAAUUCUCUACUUAAGCAGUCUGUUGCUCAUUAUGCAUCCUGCUAUGGAACUGAUGCAAUACGUGUCGUGUGGAGUGAAAGUGAUCCUCCUUCAGAUAAGCUAAAAGAUUAUCUUAAGAAUGUAGUGUUGAAGAAGUCGCAAACGGCUCACAAGCCCAACUUCAGAUUUGACCUAAACGAGGAAGAUAACCUAAACAAUAGAUUUAAGCCGAUUGAGGAUCUCAGAACUGAUGCAAUUUUCUCAGUGGAUGAUGAUGUAAUUGUUCCAUGCCCUACAUUGGAUUUUGCAUUCACUGUAUGGCAAACUGCUCCACUCACAAUGGUAGGAUUUGUCCCUCGCAUGCAUUGGCUGAAAAAGGAGAAAAAUGGUAUGGUUCAUUAUCAAUAUGGAGGAUGGUGGUCAGUUUGGUGGACGGGCACAUAUAGUAUGGUUCUCUCGAAAGCUGCAUUCUUUCAUAAGAAGUACUUGGAGUUAUACACACACAGUAUGCCAGCAUCAUUACAUGAUUAUGUAAGCAGGGAAAGAAAUUGUGAAGACAUUGCUAUGUCUCUUCUUGUUGCUAAUGCCACCGAAGCUCCUCCAAUGUGGGUUAAAGGGAAGAUCUAUGAGAUUGGGUCAUCAGGGAUAAGCAGUUUGAACGGGCAUAGUGAAACAAGAAAUAAAUGUCUCAAUGAUUUUAUUUCCCUCUACGGUACCAUGCCUCUGGUGCCAACCAACGUAAAAGCUGGGGAUGCAAGACAAGAAUGGUUCUGGUGA